AUGGCUUUCGACUACAACGGCAAGGUGCCUGAACCCGAUGCUGAAAUUACAAAGCUGGAGAAUCAGAUUGUUGCAGCCCAAUCCUCGUCACUUACAGCUCUCACUUCCCAGAUGGGCAAGCUGAAUGUUAAGGGGAAAGGAGGCAAAGGAGGCAAAGGAGGCAAUGCCGCUCCACCAUCUGACAUGCUCACCCAGUUUCCUCCCAGGCCGGCCUAUGGCUCAAAUGGCAGGCCUGUCACUCUCUGGGCAAACUAUUUCAAGGUCAACCUCAAACUUGAUACCUUUUACAAGUAUACGAUGAAUACCAAAAAGGUUGCAAGCGCUUCAAAGCCAGAGUCCAAAAAAGGCGCCAAGGCGGGUACAGGCGAGAAAGAGGUCAAGGGAAGAGAACUCCUUUUCGUCGUCAAGGCUGUUCUGGCCAAGCUCUUGGAGGAAGACAAAAAGUUUGUCGGCGCCACCGAGUUCAAGGACGCGCUCAUCACGCUGAAGCCCAUUACUCUCUCUGCGAAUCCCAUGACUGUUCAGGUUCCCAGAUCUGAGGGGAGCGAUGAAAUGGUAUCGUACACUGUCGAAUUCCAUGGCCCUAACGAGAUUCGAGUGGAUGAUAUGAAAAAUUAUCUCACAUCCAUGGCGGAUGGGCCGGCUGGUGCUGACGCCAUCUCGUUCCCACGCUUUCCCGAAGUUGUUGACGCCAUCAAUAUCAUUCUAGGCCACAAGCCGAGGAGUGAUCAUAUCAAGACCGCAGCCGUUGGCUCGUCUCGAUUCUUUCCUUUCGGAGACGAUAAGAUAAUUAAAGAACUCAAUCAGAACUGGCGUGCUCUGGCUGCUGCUCGCGGCUACUUCCAAUCUUCCCGCUUGGCAACUGGUCGAGUGCUGCUAAACGCCAAUGUAACUCAUGGUGUUUUCAGGCUCUCGGGUCCAAUGACUCAGAUUUUUGACGGCCUUGAGAUCAGGGCCGCUUCAAAGGGCGAUAACAUGGCCAUGAGAAAGCUCAGAGCCUUUGCCAAAUUCCUACCCAAGACUCGUGUCUGGUACAACUUCAAGACUGCUGAAGGCAAAACUGUUCGCCGAGGCAAGGCUAUCCGAGGCCUUGCCAAUUGGUCAGAAGUAGCGAAGAAAGGCAAGACCAUGGCACAUCCGCCUAAGUUUGACGCCAACUGGGAAUAUGGCGGUCCAAAGAACGUCCAGUUCUGGAUAGACGGUGACAAAGGAGGCCGCUACGUCACAGUCUAUGACUAUUACAAGCAGAAAUACAACUUGAACCUCAAGGACUACCCAUUGCUCGACCUGGGCACUGAGCAGAAGCCUUUUACAUAUGUACCGGCUGAGAUGAUUGAGAUCCAGCCAGGCCAGGUAAUCAAAGCUUCUCUCACGAUGGAUGAGACCACCGCUAUGCUGGAUUUUGCCUGUCGGUCGCCGUACUCGAAUGCUCUUUCCAUUAGCACCGCCAGCCGUCAAGUGCUCGAACUUGACGAUCCAUCGCUGGAAAAUUUUGGUGUCUCCGUCGAUAAACACUUGUUGACUGUGCAAGGAAGGGUCCUCAACGCGCCGACGGUGGUCUAUCUAAAUAACCAAAGAAAGACCACCGACGUGAGACCGUUGGGUGGCGCCUGGAAUAUGAGAUCGGUGAGAGUUUACAAGCCAGGAAAAAAGAUUGAGCGCUGGACCUGGGUCAAUCUCUCGUUAAGACCAAAUGCGCCGACAAUCGGAAGAGAUGUGGUCUUAGCCUAUGGAAAAUUCUUGGUCGGUAUGGGCAUCGCCAUAAACGAAACUCCUCUUGCUCCCCCCCAGGAGGUUAUUGCUUACAAUGCAGACCUGGACAAGAUUUUUGCAUGGUUACAAAAUAACGGAAUUCAGCUUUUUGUUAUCAUCUUGUCUGAAAAGGAUACGUCAGGCGUGUAUGCCAAGAUCAAGCAAUUGGGGGAUUGCACAUAUGGAGUUCAUACGAGCUGUGUGGUGGGACGCUCAUUUGGAAAAGGGAGCCCGGGAUAUUUCGCCAAUGUCGGGCUCAAGGUUAAUCUCAAAGCUGGUGGCGUCAACCACAGGCUGAAAGACGAGUUUAGUAUUCUCAAGGAUGGUAAAGCGAUGAUUGUUGGCUACGACGUCACCCACCCGACCAAUUUGCCCUUGAAGAAGGGCGCUUCUGAGCCCCCUAGCCUUGUCGGAUUCGUGUCGAGCAUCGAUGGCGAUCUCGGUCAAUGGCCUGCACUGUCUUGGGAGCAAACCUCUAGACAGGAAAUGCUCAGCAGUAAGCUCACCGAGGCAUUCAUGCUUCGACUGGACACCUGGAGCAAGCACAAUGGGGGCCGGUACCCAGACAACAUCAUCAUCUACCGAGACGGCGUCUCCGAGGGCCAAUUCUCUCUCGUCCUUAACCAGGAGCUGCCAUCCAUCCGCGAGGCGUGCCGCAAGAAGUAUUCGCCCCAGUUUCAACCAAAGAUUACGCUGGUGGUGUCGGUGAAGCGACACCAAACCCGGUUCUACCCUUCAUCAACAGAUGAAAUGUCCAAGUCCGGCAAUAUUGUCAACGGAACGAUAGUGGACCGAGGCGUAACUCAGACGCGAUACUGGGACUUUUUCCUAACAGCCCAUGACGCUCUCCAAGGCACCGCUCGACCGGCGCACUACACUGUUCUUCUGGACGAGAUCUUCCGCCCGAAAUUCGGCACCAAGGCGAGCGACGAGCUGGAGCGCCUGACACACGAACUGUGCUAUCUCUACGGCCGCGCCACCAAGGCCGUCAGCAUUUGCCCUCCAGCGUACUAUGCUGAUAUUGUCUGUGAGCGCGCUCGUGCACAUCGACCCGAGUGGUUUGAACAAAAAGACGUAGAUAGCCAGACCGAAACAACUGGAGGCGCUCCGAGCACCGUGGGCCGACAGGUGCAUGUCAAUCUCAGGGACAGCAUGUACUAUAUCUAA